UCGGUGGGGCAACCAGGAUUCGGAGGUCCCCGGACGCUGGUAAAGUCGCUCUAGAGACGCCAGGGAGAUUGCGGAAGGUGUCGCGGCGGGGAGAAAAGGGCCUCAGCACAGAUUGGGUCAGGCACGCGCGAGGACAGCCCCCUAGGGCCGUCCCAGAGGUCCCCGCGCCGCCGGGGUCCUAAUAGGCAGCACCUCCUUCCGCCGCACGUGGCUGCACCGCGAUGCCCAAAUCCAAACGCGACAAGAAAGUUUCCUUAACCAAAACUGCCAAGAAAGGCUUGGAACUGAAACAGAACCUAAUAGAAGAGCUUCGGAAAUGUGUGGACACAUACAAGUACCUUUUCAUCUUCUCCGUGGCCAACAUGAGGAACAGCAAGCUGAAGGACAUCCGGAAUGCCUGGAAGCACAGCCGGAUGUUCUUUGGCAAAAACAAAGUGAUGAUGGUGGCCUUGGGCCGAAGCCCAGCUGACGAGUACAAAGACAACCUGCAUCAGGUCAGCAAGAAAUUGAGGGGUGAAGUUGGUCUCCUUUUCACCAAUCGCACUAAAGAGGAAGUGAAUGAGUGGUUCGUGAAAUACACAGAAAUGGACUAUGCUCGAGCUGGGAACAAAGCAACUUUGACCGUGAGCCUGGACCCAGGACCCCUGGAGCAGUUCCCCCACUCCAUGGAGCCACAGCUGAGGCAGCUGGGCCUGCCCACUGCUCUCAAGAGAGGUGUGGUGACCCUGCUGUCUGACUACGAGGUGUGCAAGGAAGGAGAUGUGCUGACCCCAGAGCAGGCCCGCAUCCUGAAGCUGUUUGGGUAUGAGAUGGCUGAAUUCAAAGUGACCAUCAAGUACAUGUGGGAUGCACAGUCUGGAAGGUUCCAACAGAUGGGAGAUGACUUGCCAGAGAGUGCGCCCGAGUCAUCAGAAGACUCAGAGGAAGAAGAAGAUGACUGAUGGGUACGGGGGACAGAGGCCUCCCAGCCCAUUCCGGGCCUAACCAGACACGUGGCACUGCACUGCACUCUUGGGGAGCAGCUCUUUAUUGUGCGAUGGAUGAAGACAAGGGAGGGUGACAGGGACAGACUUUUUUUCUAUAAAAAAUAAAACUUUGUCAGCAGGGUGUCUCCCUA